GUGUCGUCAUCAGUGGCGCGUCCUGUUCGCUCCAAUGUCGCGUCAGUUGUGUCCUGGACUCGGUGGACAAAGAUGUUGAGGUUGAACUGCGCUCUCGUCAACGCGGCUGCUCAGCUGAGCAAGAUGAGUCGACAGUUUGCGGCGUCGGUCAACGCGAGCGGGGGCGUUUCGCUGCAGAGAGCCGUGCACGGAGGCGCCGCCAGGCUGCAGGAGAGCUUCAGUCACUUCCCCCCUCUGCCGGGUCAGGACAGUCCACUCAAGUGGGGCGGGAAGAGCUACGAUGAGCUUCCGGUCGCUCACAUCAAAGCCACGUACAACAACACACACGUCCAGGUGACGGACAGCGCGGGCCAGUCGCUGGUCAGGACCUCCUGUGGCACGGAAGGUUUCAAGAACAUCAAGAAGUCCACGCCGGUCGCCGCUCAGACGGCGGGACUCUCCGCCGGCGCGAAAGCCACGGCCAAGGGAGUGACGUUUGUGCGAGUGGUGGUCAAAGGUCUGGGCCCGGGGCGUCAGUCGGCCAUCAAGGGGUUAACCAUGGGGGGUCUGGAGGUCGUGUCCAUCACAGACAACACGCCGGUGCCUCACAACGGCUGCAGGCCCCGCAAAGCUCGUCGGACAUGAAGAUGUGUGUCGUCGCCACUGCUCAAUAAAGGUUUUGUGUUGAA